ACCCCGUUGUAUUCAACCUGGCCCUCUCUCCUGUGAUCGACGGGGACUUCCUUCCUUAUGACCCUUCCAAAUUGUUCAACAAUAUGGCUGAUAUUGAUUACAUGGCUGGAGUCAACGACAUGGACGGACACCUCUUCACUGGUUUAGAUGUUCCUACGAUCAACUCCGGCCUGGUGAACACCCCUAUCGACGAUGUGAAGAGGCUCCUGGCUGCGUACACUAAGGACAAGGGCAAGGCCGGUGCGGACAAUGCUUAUUCCACAUAUACCUCAAACUGGGGCUCAAACCCCAGCAGGGAGACCAUCAAGAAAACCGUGGUGGAGAUCGGAACAGACUUCAUCUUCCUGGUUCCUACUCAGGCUGCCCUUUACCUUCAUGCUGCCAACGCAAAAACCGGCCGGACCUACUCCUACCUCUUCUCUGAGCCCAGCCGUAUGGGCGGCAUUACCAAGCCCUUCCCCAGCUGGAUGGGAGCCGACCACGCUGAAGAUCUGCAGUACGUUUUCGGAAAGCCUUUCUCCUCACCACAGGACUACUUGCCCUGCCACCGUGAUGUCUCUGGCUACAUUAUCGCCUAUUGGACCAACUUCGCCAAAACUGGGGACCCCAACAAAGGAGGUCAGAGUGUGCCCACUCCUUGGCCUCAGUUCACCAGCACUGGACACCAGUACGUGGAGAUCCAUCAUGAUAUGAACAAAGCCUAUGUGAGGCAGAAGUUGAGAAUACGUCAUGUGCAUUUCUGGACCAGCGUUCUACCCAACCUUCCCAUUUUAGCCUCAGAAUAA